AUGGGUCGUCGUCCAGCUCGUUGUUAUCGUUAUAUUAAAAACAAACCAUACCCAAAAUCUCGUUUCUGUCGUGGUGUUCCAGACCCAAAAAUCAGAAUUUUCGAUCUUGGAAAGAAGAAGGCUUUUUAUGAUGAAUUUCCACACUGUGUUCAUUUGAUUUCUAAUGAAAGAGAACAUCUCUCAUCAGAAGCUCUUGAAGCUGCUCGUAUUUGUGCUAACAAAUACAUGGUUAAAAACUGUGGUAAAGAUGGUUUCCAUAUGCGUGUUCGUAAACAUCCAUACCAUGUCGUUCGUAUCAACAAAAUGUUAUCAUGUGCUGGUGCUGAUCGUCUUCAAACUGGUAUGAGAGGAGCUUACGGUAAACCACAAGGACUUGUAGCUCGUGUUGGAAUUGAUGAUAUUCUUUUCUCAAUCCGUGUUAAGGAAUCUAACGUUCAACAUGCUAUUGAAGCUUUCCGUCGUGCCAAAUUUAAGUUCCCAGGUAGACAAUAUAUUGCUGUUUCAAAGAAAUGGGGAUUUACUAGAUUCAACCGUGAAGAAUUCCAAUCACUUUGCGAUGACGGAAGAAUUAUUCCAGAUGGUGUUAACGUUAAAUUCGCUAACGAUCAUGGACCACUUUCAAAAUGGAUCAUGAGACAACUUUAA